AGUCAUUUUUGAAACCAACAAAUCAGCAAUGCAAUAGACAAUAGAAUGAAAAAAGUGAAAACAGUAUAAUAAUAUUUAUUUUUCACAAGAAUAUUAUAGUAUUUGGUUCAAUACAAUAAUAAAUAGUCACAAAUCAUUAUCGCAAUGGAAGCUUGCCUAAUUGUGGAAAAAGAUGUUGACAAAGUGCUCACCAAAUUUAAUUCCAUCAACCAACAUAGCAGGAGAGUUAUUGUCCAACUUAUAGAUCAGGUUAAUAGUUUGAAACAAGAAUUGGAUAGUGCUCCUGAAGGUCAUACCUUAACCACCCUACAGCAGGAUUUAAUUAAACAGUCUAUGGCAAAAGUAAAAGAUACAGUAUCCAGAUUAGCUAUCGAACACAGAGAUUUACACAGUUCCGUCUCCAAAGUAGGCAAGUCGAUUGACAGAAACUUCACGCAAGAUUUUACAGCCUGUAGCAAAGAAAAUGUUUUUAACGAUUCAGAAAAGCUUGAUCUUAUAAAUAAGAUUAUAUGCAAACAUUAUUAUAGGCAAGGGAUGCAUUGCGUAGCAGAUACCUUAAUAAAGGAGUCGGAAGUUAAAGUCGAAGGUUGUGAAAAAGAGCCAUUCACAGAACUGCAUUACAUAUGCGACAGUAUAAAGAACAGAGACCUAGACCCCCUGUUGGCUUGGGCGACUGCUCAUCGUGAAAGUUUAGAAUUUCAUAAUUCUUCAUUGGAAUUUAUGAUUCACAGGCUAAAGUAUAUGUUGUUGCUUAAAAAGGGGGCGUCUCAUCAGUCUGAAGCUAUUGCGUACGCCAGGAGUUAUUUUGGACAAUUUGUUAAAAAACACGAGAAAGAUAUUCAAACUCUGAUGGGGAUGCUUCUCUAUAUCCCAAAUGGAGUGAAUAGAUCACCAUAUUCGGCUUUUUUUGAGCCCGAUAAUGACAUGUGGAUGGAGCUCUAUGAAAUGUUCAUUAAAGACGCCUGCCAGUUAUUGGGCGUUUGUGUUAAUAGUCCGUUGAUUGUUUGUAUUAACGCUGGCUGCCACGCUAUUCCCGCCUUGUUGAAUAUUAAACAAGUGAUGAUUCAAAGGCAAGUAAGUCAGAUAUGGAAAGGGACUGAAGAGCUACCGAUCGAGAUAGAUCUUGGUGCAGAAAACAGGUACCAUUCGAUGUUUGCUUGUCCAAUUUUAAGGCAGCAAUCUACCAAAGAUAAUCCGCCUAUGAAACUAGUCUGUGGUCACGUCAUUUCAAAGGAUGCCCUACAAAAACUAUGCAACGGGAACAAAAUGAAGUGUCCUUACUGCCCAAUGGAACAGUCGCCUCAAUUAGCCCAGCAGGUUCACUUUUAGAUAACAUUGUAUAUUUAAGUUUUAAUAUCUGUAAAUGCUUAACACGUUGGCUAACAAGGGGGUAUUUUGAAAGUCUUCUCUUAUGUACCAUACGUAUCACCGGUGAUAUUCUGCAGGUUGAUGCUUCAGGGCGCUCUAAAUCGAUCGGGAUUUAAAAGCAAGACAUUUUACCUGGGUACCGGGCUAUAAAUGAACCGAGUUAACCAAUUUUUAAGUGGUUAUCACCGGUGAUCCACAUUAGCAAAGUUAUGCAAAUAAAAAGUAAAAUAAUUUUUUUUUUAUAUUUUAUUACAAGUAACACAUUAUAAACGACCAAAUAUGUUGUAAAAUGUUGCAGUAUAUCAAAAAAUGUUUCACCAUAAUAUAUGUAGCGCCAUCUAUACAUUUAUAUGUACAUGUGCCCAUGACAUCACUUUUGUUGUUUGCACGGUUGUCGACCUCCUAACUUUAUGUAUUAAAGAAGUUGUUAGUAGUACGUAUUAAAACUCUAAACCAGAAGCGUUGCUUUUAUUUUGCUAUUCCCAAAUCCACAAAUUUCAACAGGUUAUGGGCCCAGGCACCCAUCGCCAAGGCACCCUGUGUAAAGGGGAUUAGUCCUAGUGUGCGUUGAGGGUUUUUUAGCAAAAUUCGCAGUGGUAGUUUGUGAGUUUUUUGGUGCGAUAAUCGAAACGUUUAGUGAACGUAAUGGCGUCAGCGGCGAGCUAUUUAGCCAGUGUUCCAAAACUGUCGGGUCGUGAAAAUUAUUACGAAUGGGCUUUCGCGAUCGAGAACGUUCUUAUAAUCGAUGGUUUAUCGAAGUGUUUGGAAGCAAAUGGUGAGACAGAUACGGAAAAGUUAAGUAAAGCGAAAGCAAAGCUUUGCCUCUCCAUUGAUUCAUCAAUUUAUGUCCAUAUUCGAGACGCGAAAACGGCUUUAGAAGUGUGGGAAACCUUAAAAAAGCUGUACGGUGAAAAGAGCUUCACCCGAAAAAUAGAUCUGCUAAGAAUCCUUAUAAAUCUCAGGUUAGAUAACUGUGAGAAUAUGGAUAGCUACAUCGGGCAAAUGAUCGAAACAGCGCAGAAAUUAACGCGUAGUGGUUUCGAAAUCAACACGGAAUGGGUUGGUUCUCUCCUUCUUGCUGGGUUACCAGACAGGUUCACCCCGAUGAUAAUGGCGAUCGAGCACAGCGGCAUUGAAAUUACAGCUGAUGGUAUAAAGUCUAAGCUGAUCGACAUGCAGAAAGAUGGCGCUGGCAGGCACAACGAUAGUGAGAAAUCUACAGGAAGUGCUUUUGCGGGUAAAGGCAGUUUUUCGAAAAAACCCAGAGAGGGCGCUGCAGGUUUUAAAAAGGGAAACUUCAGUACGAAAGGUAAAGAAGUAAUUUGUUUCGAAUGUAAACAAAGUGGCCAUUAUAAAAACAAGUGUCCUAUUUUGAAGAGAGAUUUUGAUGUUUUUCGAAAAUCACAGAAAAAGCCGGACGAUAGAAGUGCCUUUAGUGCAGUGUUCUUGAAUGGCAAGUUUAACAGUUCGGAUUGGUAUAUCGACUCAGGAGCCAGUGUUCAUUUAACGUCAAGAAAUGACUGGUUAAAAAAUGUAAAUAAAGAAAUGGAGCUGGAGGAAAUUUUAGUGGCCAAUAAUCAGAAGGUUUCUGUGUUGUCUGCUGGUGAGAUUGAGUUAACCACAGUGGUAAGUGGCAAUUUAAAUCAUGGUAUUUUAGUAAAAAAUGUACACUAUGUGCCUGAACUUACUACUAAUUUACUGUCUGUUAGCCAGUUAAUAAAGAACGGCAAUAAAGUUGUUUUUAAUAAAAAGGGCUGUGAAAUUUUUAAUGUAAAAGGUAUAUGUGUGGCUACAGCUGAUUUAAUAAAUCAUGUAUACAGGCUUAAUUUUUUAAAGGAAAAUGCUGUAUGUCCAGCAUUUGCAGUAUAUUCACAGAAUGGUUGUGAGUUGUGGCAUAGACGUUUUGGACACAUAAACUAUAGGGAUUUAGGUGUGAUGAAAAAUGGGGCAGUUAAAGGCUUAGAUUUCAAGGGGCAAUCUGGGUCAGGUGAUCUAUGUCAAGUUUGUUGUGAGGGGAAGCAGGCCCGGUUACCAUUUAAAAUUAGAGGAAACAGUGCUACAGAGUUGUUAGAGAUUGUGCAUGGAGAUUUAUGUGGUCCCAUGGAGGUACCGUCAAUAGGCGGCUCUAAAUAUUUUUUGGUUCUAGAGGACGACUUUAGCAAAAUGGUGUUUGUUUAUUUUUUGAAUGCUAAAAGUGAGGCUUUGGAUAGAUUUAAGCAAUUUAAGUCGUUUGCAGAGACCCAAAAAGCACAGAAAAUAAAAAUCUUCAGGUCUGACAAUGGAGGAGAAUUUUGUAGUUCUGAUUUUGAAUCGUUUUUAGGGAAACAUGGUAUUGUUCAUCAAAAAACUAAUCCCUAUACCCCACAGCAAAAUGGUACGUCAGAGAGGAUGAACCGGACACUAGUAGAAAAGGCGAGGUGUUUGUUAUUUGACGCUGAUUUUCCCAAGCAGUUCUGGGCGGAGGCAAUAAACACAGCUGCUUACUUAAGAAACAGGUCUGUGGUAUCAGGACUAGAUAAAAAGACUCCAUAUGAAGUCUUUUAUGGUAAAAAACCUGAUGUUAGUCAUGUUCGUAUCUUUGGUAGUGAGGUUAUGAUGCACAUACCCAAAGAAAAAAGGUUGAAAUUUGACAAAAAGGCUGUUAAAAUGUUCCUGGUUGGAUAUGGUCAAGAUAUUAAAGGCUAUAGGCUCUAUGAUCCAACUAAAAGGAGUGUAAUAACUAGUAGAGAUGUAGUCAUUAAUGAAAAGCCUAAAUUGUUAAAAAACUUUGAGUUUUUAGAUUCUUCGAGCACUGAUUUUGAAGAGGAUUCGGUGUUUACAGAGGAGUUACCUCAAGUGGGGGACACAAAUAUAUUUCCAAACCCAAGUGUGCAGUCUGACGAAGAAUAUCUUGAUGUACAAGACAAUAUUGAUUUAAGUGACCCGGAAUAUUUGCCUGAAAAUGUUAACUUACCUGAAACUUCAAGGCAGUCAAGUAGAGUCAGAAAACCAAAAGUGUAUGAAGAUUAUGUAUCAUUUCAUUGUAAAAAGCAGUCAGAAGUUAAUCUUGAAGAUAUCCCAUCCAGUGUGAUUGAGGCUCUUUCCAGACCAGACGGGGAUAGAUGGAAAAAGGCCAUGGAUGAGGAAAUGAGGUCUUUUGAGCAAAAUGAGGCAUGGGACUUGGUUAACCUUCCUAAAAGUGGUACUUUAGUGGAGUGUAAGUGGGUCUUUAAAACCAAAAUCGAUUCUGAGAAUAAAGUGUGUUAUAGAGCGCGAUUAGUUGCAAAAGGUUAUACUCAGCGUGAGGGUAUAGACUAUGAUGAAACCUUUUCUCCCGUUAUAAGGUAUUCAAGUUUGCGUUUGUUGUUAGCAUUAUCUGUUAAAUUGGAUUUAGAAGUUAUUCACUUGGACGUGAAGACAGCCUUUUUAAAUGGUGACUUGAAAGAAACAGUAUUCAUGCGUCAACCAGAAGGUUUUGUUAGUAAAGGCAAUGAAAAUAAAGUGUGUUAUUUGAAAAAGGCCAUAUAUGGGUUAAAGCAGUCUUCUCGUGCCUGGUAUCAUAAAGUGAAUGAAAUCUUAGUCGGAUUGGGUUUUAAUAAAUCAGAUUAUGAGUCUUGUGUGUUUAUAAAAAGAGUUGAUAAAAGUUUAGUCAUUGUAGCACUCUACGUGGAUGAUUUCGUGGUUUUUAGCAAUGACAGUAAGCAAACUGAUUUAUUGAAAACCGAAUUGAAUUCUAAUUUUAAGAUUAAGGACUUAGGCCAGUUAAAAUUGUGUUUAGGUAUGAAUAUUCAUAGAAAUAAGGAUAGCCUAACAUUAAACCAGAGUAGUUAUAUUGAUCAGUUACUGAGAAAGUUUAAUAUGUCGGAAUGCAAUGUUGUCAAUACACCAAUCGAUGAUUUUGAUUUUAGUGAGAGCUGUGACUCAGAAAAAGUUCAUAAUCCUAUGUAUCAGAAAUUAAUUGGUAGUUUGAUGUUUCUGGCAGUUUUGACAAGACCUGACAUAGCAUACAGUGUAAGUUUUCUAAGUCAGUUUAACAAUAAUCAUAGUGAGUAUCACUGGAAAUGUGCAAAAAAGAUUUUAAGAUAUUUAAAGGGCACAAAAGAUCUUUGUUUGACUUAUAAGAGAGAUAAUUCGGAUUUGACAGGUUUUGUUGAUGCUGACUGGGGGUCAAAUAAGAUAGAUAGAAAAUCAUAUACUGGCUUUGUUUUUAAACUCUCAGGCGGAGCAAUUUCUUGGAAGAGUAUAAAACAAAAAACAGUAGCACUUUCGAGCACGGAAGCCGAAUAUAUGGCUUUAGGUGAAGCCACAAAAGAGGCUAAAUAUCUAAGAAAUUUGUUGUCAGAAGUUCAAGGAAGAGUGGAUUCUGUUGUUUUGUAUAAUGACAAUCAGGGAGCUCAGAAGUUGUGUAACAAUCCAGUCUUCCAUGAAAAGACAAAACACAUAGACAUAAGACACCAUUUCAUAAGAGAAGCUGUACAAGAUAAAAUUGUUAAUUUAAGGUAUUUAAGUACAGAUGAAAUGUUAGCUGAUAUUCUUACCAAAGGGCUAAAAAAUGUUAAAAAUUCUAAAUUCCGACAAGGUUUAGGUCUGUAUGUUUAGAUAUUUUUUUGAUAAGUGGGGGUGUUGCAGUAUAUCAAAAAAUGUUUCACCAUAAUAUAUGUAGCGCCAUCUAUACAUUUAUAUGUACAUGUGCCCAUGACAUCACUUUUGUUGUUUGCACGGUUGUCGACCUCCUAACUUUAUGUAUUAAAGAAGUUGUUAGUAGUACGUAUUAAAACUCUAAACCAGAA